GAGUGCAAAGAAAUAACGCCUCGGGGCAGGGCUCCCGGGCCUGUCUCCCCUGACCCAGGGCAUCAGUCCCACCAAACCCACGCGCCCCCCCCCAUACCUAGGCAGGGCGAGGUGCCCAGAGUGAGGCGGGGGGCUCAGAGGACAGGGCUCCGGAGGCCCUGGUGAGGCGGCCCGAGGGGUAACUGAGGUGGGAGUGCAGGGUGUUCUCCCGGCAGCAGAAGCAGCCGGUUCGCACAGGGUGGGCAAGAGACGUCCAGAGGCCUAGAGAGUGGCGGCUCUAGCCAGCAGCAACCCCCGCGGAGGCUCUGCACAGUGUUGUUAUUAAUUGGCACCCAAGACGCUCUCAGCCCCGCGCAAGGUGCAUCUACAGCCAGAGAGUCUCUGCCCCGGGAGCCCACACCGCCACAGGCACGGAGCGGGCCCAGGCCCUGCCGCCCUGCUAUGGGCUGGGAGAGACCAGGGCCAGGCUCAGGGAUUUGCUGCGCUACCGUCUGCUGUGACUUAUUGCAAGCCUCACAACAGCUGGUGUAUGUCUCCUGGAGUCAGCUCAUUACCACAGAAUCUCAGCUUUCAUUUAAAACAACAAAAAAGAUUGUACCUUCUUCACUCGGAAAGAAAUCCUUCGGUUGCACGGCCGAUACCAGGAAAUGGCACCGAACAUUGUGCCCAUGGACUACACCAAGGAUCCAGAUGUUAAACUACCUAUACAGCUUAUAAUUAACAUGCCUGAACUAAAGGAGAACCCCUUCAAGGAGAGGAUUGUGGAGGCUUUCUCAGAGGAUGGAGACGGGAACCUCAGCUUCAAUGACUUCGUGGACAUGUUUUCUGUGCUCAGUGAAAUGGCUCCCAGAGAGCUCAAAGCAAUCUAUGCCUUUAAGAUCUAUGAUUUUAACACAGAUAACUUCAUUUGUAAAUCUGACCUUGAAAAAACCCUCAACAAGCUGACACGAGAAGAGCUAACAGCAGAAGAAAUCACUCUAGUUUGUGAGAAGGUGAUAGAAGAAGCUGAUAUGGAUGGUGAUGGGAAACUAGCAUUUGCAGACUUUGAAAAUAUGAUUUCCAAAGCACCAGACUUUCUCAGUACCUUCCACAUAAGAAUCUGAAGAUGCUGGUAUGAGCCACUGUUAUCAGAAAUGACUUGACAUCAGUCCUGCCUCUCUGAAUCUCAGGCACUUUGGGGGCUUUUGUCCUCUUAUUAUGGCUUCUUAGAACUUGGCAACAAGGACUGGAAUCAUUCUGGCCCAUGGGGGAAAGACUCAUCACUGAUCUACAAGACCUUUGGGAUGUCUACGUUUUUAUCUUCAAUGUUGUCCAACAUGGCAUUCUGGAAAAGGAUGGUUGACUGGGUUUUUUUAAACAAGAGAAUACUAUUAAAUGUAUUUCCCUGUAGUUUUUAUAUUUAUGAAAAUUUAAUAUUGUUCUUCAAAGCAAAAAAGAAAGACAGAUAUAAGCUAUGGUGAUUUUCCCAGAGGUUAUUAAUUGAAAGAAAGCACUGGCCUUAAAAUAACGAGAUGCCUCCACCAUUCUGUUACACAGCUGGGGAUCAUGCAUGGAAAUAAUUUGAUUAAAAUUUGCAGUCAAGAUCAAGUUCAGGGUGUUGAAGACAACCACAUACUGGGUUUGCCAUUUAAGUCUGAAAAAUGUCAGGUUGCUGGGUCUGGUGCUUAACCCUCAACCAAUAUUUUAUGGAUUAUCAUAUCCUUAUGAAACUUGAAGUAUUUUGUAUGACAUCUGCAUAAGUGAUUCACUUCUUCCCAAGACCAACUUUAAAUUGUGUCUUUGUUCUUCAAGGAGUCUUGCCUUUUCUCAUGUCUUGGGCUGAUAAUGUUGGAUAGAAGAAUACUGUCAUCUGUAGCCCCAAGAAGCACAGCACCAGUACCAAGGACACAAAAAAGACAUUUUAAAAACCAGCUAUGCAAUUUUUCUCAUAAAAUGCAUGAAUGCAGCUCUGUAUUUCUCUCUCCUACCCCUCCUGAAAAUCAGCUUUGUCAUUCCUUUUUUAAAUUCCACUAUUGGUUAGGUACUGGAGCAUGACGACAAUCAUACUUGUAUAACUGUUCUAACAGUCAAUAGAAGGGCUCUGUCAUUUACAUGGCUUCUGUAUCAAAGUCACCUACAAUUAAAACAUCUUACUGAU